AUGAAUAGUCUCAAUACUCAAAAUAAAGUCAUACUUCCAGGAAAACUAUCAAUUGAAUGCUUUGAACAAGUUUUAACUAACCUUAAAGAUGAUCCUGGAACUCUUUUUUCAUGUUUAUUGGUAAAUAGGUGUUGGUGUCGUCUUUCUGUACCUUUAUUAUGGAGUCACCCUUUUGAAUAUCAUGGUUUUGGGGAAUUGGCCGCUAAUAUAAUACAAGUUUAUAUUUCUUGUUUACCGGUUGAUGAAUUACAAAUUUUAAUUGAUGAAGGUUUGGACCUUCCUGAAUGUCACCCUCCCCUUUUUGAUUAUCCAAGAUAUUUACAAAGUUUUGAAUCCGCUCAUUUCACUGGUGCUAUCAUGUCUUGGCUUUCUACAAAGGUUAAUACAAAAACUUUUGCUUCCGUUCUUGAAGAACGUGAUAUGGAUAUUUCUACAAAUACUUAUAUCGUUCAAACUAUUCUUGGUAAUCUUUUAUUUAGUCGUAGUAAAGGUAUAAAAGAUUUAGAUAUUGUUCAUUUUGAUGAAGAUGAUGAUUCUUUAAUCAUGGAUAUUACUACUUUUGAUGAUGCUAAUAGAGCUUUAUCUAGAUUAGAAAAACUUCAAUUCGAUUAUUCAGGUUGGUCCGAACAAGGGGAUAAAUCUUCUGAAAUUAUUUCAAAUCUUUUCGAUUUUAUGACUCAAAGUUCUCAUAAUAUUCAACAUAUUUAUAUUAAUAUAACAAAUAUAUCUGAUCAAGAUUUUGAUUUACCUCAAAUUGCUAUUAGUAUUUCAAAUUUAAUUAAAUCUCAAAAUAAUUUACGUGAUUUAAUUAUGUUGGAAUUUUGGACUCCUGAUGCUGCAGCUACUAUUUUUGAUUCUUUACCUUCUCAAUCAAAUUCUUUAACUUAUUUAAGACUUCAUGAUUUAUAUCAAGAUCAAUAUCUUUUCUUAUUAAAAAUUUUACCUACUUUAAAAAAUUUAGAAACUUUACAAUUAAUUAAUCUUCAUCCUGAUAUUGAUGAACCUUUUAGAUUUAUUGAAUCUUCUGAUACUAUUAUUAAUCUUAAAAAUUUACAUUAUCAAGAAGAAAAAUCUCAUUUAGAUAUUUCUACUCUUAUUGGUCCAAUUAUUCGUAUGGCUAAUUUAAAUUUGAGAUCUUUAUCUUUAGCUUCCGUUAAUCCUGAUUUAGUUGAAAUUAUUAGACAAUAUUGUCCUAAUUUAACUCAUUUAUCUUUAACUUUAACUACUCCUGAAAUUCCUAUUUCUGUAUCUAAUUUAUUAUCUACUUCAGUUUUUCUUCGUCAUUUUUCUAUUUAUAUUUAUUCUUCAGAAUUUCCUUUUCUUACAACUGAAGAAUUACUUAAAUUUUCAAGAUCUUUUCCAAAAUCAAUUUUAUAUUUCGGUUUUUAUUUAGCAAUUAAUUCUGAUAUUUUAAAUUUCUUUUUAAAAGAAUGUCCCGCUUCAUUUCAAGUUUUAUCUAUAUAUAGACCUGAAACUAUAGAGGAAAAUUUAUUAAAAGUUAUAAUAAAUUACGCCAAAGAUAAAAAAUCUUUAAGAAAAUUAUUAUUAGAUUCUGAUGUUGAUAUUUAUUCAUAUGAAGGAAGCGUUACAUCUGCUACUAUACAAGAAGCAAGAUCAAUCAUACCUAUAAUAGAUGGUACGAUAGAACAUAAUAGACCAUAUUCUGGGUCUGUUAUGGAUGAUUUAAAUGAUAGGGAAUUAUGGGAUAGUGAUUUAACACCUUUAUCAUGA